AUGGAUAAGGAAGUCCCGCGGUCCAAAAUGCAAAAGUCACAUCGAGCAGACUGGCGGUGAAUUAGUGUUGUUCUGUUUUUAUUUUUUUUCUUUAUUUUUUCCCACAGGUCACCACUGACACCCACUCGCUGUCACUCCUCCAGGUUAACACUGACUCUGCUUCAUGGUUAGUUUCGUCUAACCAGUCGGAAAGCGAGACAACUAAGCUAACGAUGGAGGGCUCCAAGUCCUCCAGCACCACCAUGCAGGUCAGCUUCGUGUGUCAGCGCUGCAGCCAGCCGCUCAAGCUGGACACCUCCUUCAAUGUGCUCGACCGGGUCACCAUACACGAACUCAUCGCUCCGUUGGUCACAGUGACGCCCAGCAAGCAGACAGACAGCAAUGAGGGAGAGACUGCACCAGAGGAGACCUUUGUUGAAACCAAGCAAGAUGGAGUGGCAAGGAAAUACAUCCCUCCUGCACGGAUGAUGUCAACGGAGAGCGCCAACAGCUUCACCCUGAUUGGAGAAGCAUCUGAUGGAGGCACCAUGGAGAAUCUGAGUCGCAGGCUGAAGGUGACCAGUGACCUGUUUGACAUCAUGUCAGGCCAGACAGAUGUGGACCACCCACUGUGUGAAGAAUGUACUGACACCCUGCUGGACCACCUGGACACGCAGCUCAAUAUCACUGAGAAUGAAUGCCAGAAUUACAAGCAGUGCCUGGAGCUGCUGUCCCACCUGCAGGUGGAGGAGGAGGAGAGCCUACUGGCAGAGCUGCAGCAGCUUAAAGAGGAGGAGGAGGCUCUGGUCCAGGAGCUGGAGACAGUGGAGGAGCAGAGGGCUGCUGUGGCUCAGGAUCUGGCCCAAGGCAGGAGCCACUCCCAGCAGCUGGACACUGAGGAGCUGCAGUACCAGAAGGAGUACAGUGAGUUUAAACGGCAGCAGCUAGAGCUGGAUGAUGAACUGAAGAGUGUUGACAACCAGAUGCGUUACUGCCAGAUUCAGCUGGACCGCCUGAAAAAGACCAACGUCUUCAAUGCCACCUUCCACAUCUGGCACAGCGGUCAGUUUGGUACCAUCAACAACUUCCGUCUGGGUCGGCUGCCAAGCGUCCCUGUUGAAUGGAACGAGAUCAACGCAGCCUGGGGACAGACGGUGCUGCUGCUGCAUGCUCUCGCCAACAAGAUGGGCCUGCGCUUCCAGAGAUAUCGGCUUGUCCCAUAUGGAAACCACUCUUACCUAGAGUCACUGACUGAUAAAUCUAAGGAGCUACCACUCUACUGUUCAGGCGGCCUGAGGUUCUUCUGGGACAAUAAAUUUGACCACGCCAUGGUGGCCUUUCUGGACUGUGUCCAGCAGUUCAAGGAGGAGGUGGAGAAGGGAGACACAGGCUUCUGCCUUCCAUACAGGAUGGAUGUGGAGAAGGGGAAGAUUGAGGACACAGGUGGCAGCGGUGGCUCCUACUCCAUCAAGACUCAGUUCAACUCUGAGGAGCAGUGGACCAAGGCACUUAAGUUCAUGCUCACCAACCUCAAGUGGGGACUGGCCUGGGUCUCCUCACAGUUCUACAAUCGACAGUGACGAUGCUGAGGGGUGUCAAGCCUUUCCCUCAAGUCAUACGGCCCUCUGGUGACUGGGCUUAGCGUUAAGAAUUCACAUUUGGAUACUUGGCCAAAGAAAGGAAUGGAUAUGUCUGCAACAUUUUGCCAAUCUUUCCAGAUGGGUGCAGAAAGGCACAGAACAAUGUCUGGAUCUUGCAUCUGGAUUGUAUGUGUUGUUUCGUGCUCCAUAAAAUGGUCAUGAUGUGACUGCCUGUACUGUGCUGCUAAGUGGAGAUCAGAAUAUCUUGGCCCAUAUUGUAGGAAAGACAAAGACAGGCACAGGCUUUAGUCAUGCCCCUUUGUGUGCUCUGGAAGUGUGUGAGAAAAUAUGACUACGUUUGUCUCAUGUAAUUUCUUUUUCUUGUCAUUUGUCAAUAACUUGAAGUCCCACAUACCAUUCACAGCAUUAUAUACCUUUACCGUUAACCUUUGUCUGGUGUUUCCUGUGAAAAGCUGAACAUAUAGUAUAUCUGUUUCACACUUUGAAUGAAUCCUGCUCAAACACAGUGCUACUUUCUGCAGACUUUGAGGUAUCCAAAAGCUGCUGUUGCAGCUUACCACCGUAAAUAAGUGUGGUUCUCUGUCCACAGUGAAAAAAAUGACAAAGGAUUUUGUGAAUGUACCCAGUUGUUCACUUUACCAUGUAAGCUACUUGAGUGUGAUGUGAUAUUAACAUCAAGGGAGGACUGUUGGUAGAAUAGCAUUGUUUGGUGUUCCAAGAGGAGUAUGCCAUUGCAUUUCAGUAACUGUGUAUGCAGUUCACAUUUGCCGGUAAAAGAAAAAAAAAAAAUCUUACAUUUGACAGCAACUAUUGUAAUGUUGCAUGAUUUACAAUAAAUGAGAUUUUCUCUCA